AAUCCGCUGGCAGUUGUGAGCGGCGAUCGAAGUGCAAAAGACGCCGUCUAGUAGUUAAAACGCAAAGUAAACAAAUUCGCCUGCUGAACGAGAACCGGAAUCUCUUACUCAUUACAAAAGAAAUCGAAAAUCAAAGCUGAACUUCGCACUUAAACUAGGGCUUUAGAGCGAUCUUGAAGAUGGAUCAGAAGCGAGCCAUGUUGUAUCCCCAGGUGGAUUUCAACACCCCCAGUGCCCCCUCGCCCACGCCAACGAGGGAGUUGGGCAAUCCCAUGGGCCUGCCCGUGGAAGCACCUCCGUCUUACGAUAUGGCGGUGUCUGUUCCGGUGGUUCCAGUGGUUUCCGCACCAGCAAUUGCCCCAGCACCACCGACAGUGGUUGUUGUGGAGCAGCCAGCACCACAGCCGCCUACAGUGGUGCCGAUUGAUACUCUGCACUUGGGCCCGAAUCGAAGUAGGGUUCUUUGUCCCGCCUGUGGGGCCAACAAAACCACCAGGAUGACACAUACAGCUAACUCCAGGACCCACAUGGUAGCAGGUCUACUCUGCCUAGUAGGUUUUUGCUGCUGUGCCUGUUUUGUUCCCUAUUGCAUGAAUAGUUGCCGCACAGGAAAUCACUAUUGUCGCAAAUGUAACACCUUCCUGGGAGCCUACAAUCCAAAAGGGUUAAACUCAUGAUAAGACUGCGUAAGAUGUGAUCCGGUAGAUAGAAAACAAGAUAGAAGAGUUCCAAGUUAUAAAUAAACACAAAUCAGCUGAUGUUUGUCAGUAUAAAUUAA